AUGGGAAACAACGUAGAUGCAGUCCUAGAAGGAGGCAAGAAUCAUCAAUUAAUGAAGCCCUCUGACUUCAAAUUCCAUUACCUCAUAGGUAAAGGAGGGUUUGGCCGUGUGUGGAAAGGAGAGUUAAAAAGAACAAAGCAAGUUUUUGCAAUAAAAGAGAUGCAGAAGUCACGAAUUGUAAGCAAAAGAAGCGUUGGUUCAGUUAUGAAUGAGAGGAAACUGCUUUCAAUCAUAAAGCAUCCUUUCAUUGUCAACAUGGAGUAUGCAUGGCAAGAUAUAAACAAUUUAUAUUUAGCCAUGGACUAUGUACCUGGUGGUGAUUUAAGGUACCAUUUAAUAAAAAAUGAAAGAUUUACAGAAAAACAAACAAAAUUUUUUGUAGCGUGUAUUGUUACUGGAUUAGAAUAUAUACACUUGAAUGGGAUUAUCCAUAGAGAUAUUAAGCCUGAGAACUUGGUGCUUGACUCAAGAGGAUAUGUAAAAAUAGCAGAUUUUGGAAUCGCAAAGAGGAUUGGCCCUUGGCUUGAAAGAGAAAGUUCUGGGACACCUGGAUAUAUGGCUCCAGAAGUAAUGUGCAGCAAAAUGCAUGGAUUUGCUGCAGAUUUUUUUGCAUUAGGUGCGGUAACUUUUGAAUUUAUGACAGGUUAUCGACCCUAUUGGGGAAGAAACAGAAGAGAAUUAAAAGAUAUCAUGUUAAGCCAGCAAGUACAGCUGAAAAGAAAAGACAUUCCAGAAGGAUGGUCUUAUGAAGCUGCAGAUUUUAUAAAUAAACUUUUAAAAAGGAAACCUGAGGAAAGACUUGGUUUUAAUGGCCCGCAAGAGGUAAAAAAUCAUCAAUGGCUUCGAGACUACAAUUGGAAAGACCUAUUUUCUAAAAAAAUUGAAGCACCUUUUAAGCCAGGCAGAAAAGAUGAUAAUUUCGAUAAAACUGCUCACCCAACCCCUCCUUAAGCGAGCAAAAAAUUGGAAAAUCCCUAUUUUUGCCUAAAACCCACUCGUGAGCGAGCAAAGAUUUUUUAAUAUAAAACUUAUUUUGAUAUAUAAAUGAUUGUUAGUAUAAAGAAAAUUUCUAGCUAAUUCUGUUUAAAUUUUAAACAAUUGCAUUUUAAAACAUAAAUUCUACAAAUUUAAUUAAUUUUGCUUUAAAAUUAUUUCUAAUAUGGAUUUUUUUAAAUUUCUAAAAAAAUUAACCCUCAGAGAGCAAACUAAUUUUUUUUUUGUUUGCUCACAGAGAAGGGGAGUCAGGAAGAUUGGCUUGACGAUAUGGACAGCAAAACCUUUAAUACUUCUUUGCAAGACCUAUUUGAAGGCUUUGCUUUUGACAACAAAAAAAAUCAUGGAAGCGAUGAGAAUACUCAGCUAUUGAGUUAA